UUCCUUGUUCGUGGUGUCUGCCUGCACGGAUCCCCUUCCUCGGACUUAUAAAUAGUCCAUCUGGGCAGGAAGAUGCAGUCAGAGUGCGCAUCCCCGCACGCCCGCGGUCCAAUCGACGCCGCCGCGGCGGAUGGAGGUCCGGCGACUCUUCCUCUUUUACAGCGUUAUAUGUGGCGUGGGGGACACCGUUUGUAGGACAGAGAAGACAAAAGUAGUAACUUGAUUAAAAAUAUAUAAAAAGCGAAUGUAGUCGCUGGGGGCGCUGGUUGACCGCUGCGCAACAGGCAAUACAGCUACUCAGUGUCAGUCAGAUCAGUGAUAUUAACACAAUCUAAAGAGCAAAGGGGAGUUUCCAGUCAUCAAAGCCCUCCAACUUUCUCAUUCUCAGCCAGACACCACUGAAAAUGGAUCUUACGAAGGCUGCGGCUCCCUUCCUAUGGUUUUCCUUGUACUUUGGGAAUUUUAUGGAAGCGGCGGUGUUGGGAUCCCCGCAGCAGCCCUCCGGCGUGGGUGAUAACGGGCUGGCCGCACAUCUGGAGGAACGGAGCGGAGGAGAAGCGAGAGCGGCGUCCAGGAGCGACGCUCCGAGAAACGGGACCGUGGUGCCUCACGAAUACAUGAUAUCGUUGUACAGGACCCUGUCUGGGAUCGAGAGACGGGGAGCCAACGGCAGCCUUUCCCGGUCACCCAGGCAUGCCAACACCGUGACCAGCUUCGUGGACCAAGGGAAAGACCACCCUUCAGCAGAACCGGGCCAGCGGUACCUGUUUGACAUUUCCAGCCUCUCCAGGGCGGAUGAGCUGGUGGGCGCCGAGCUUCGGAUCCUGCGCAGGCCUCCACCCAACUUGCCAUUGGCGCUGUCCCAGGAUGGCAACCUGUACCGCAUGCUGCUUUACACCUGCCCUGAAGGGGGCGCCACAAGGCGCCUCCUGGACUCUCGUACCGUGGAUCUGCUGGACACCGGGUCAGCCAAGUGGGAGGCGUUCGACGUGUGGGCCGCGGUGCGGACGCUGCCUCGGGGGAGGGGCUCCCCCCUGUGCCUCGACAUGGCCGUCAUCUCUGAGGCGACGGAGGCGGCUGUGCACCCGCUGGCGCUGGGCCUGAGUCGCAGGUGGCGGCAGCCCCAGGAGAGGGCGCUGCUGGUCACUUUCUCCCGCAGCCGCAGGAAGGAGAACCUGUUCCGGGAGAUUCGGGACAAGAUGAAGGCGCUUGGCAGCCUGCGGUCCAGGGAGGGUGCGCAGGAGGCCCGCAGCCACAGGCGGCGCCGGCGGAGGAGGACGGCCCUCUCCGGGAGGCCCGGCAGCAUGGGUGGAGGCGGGGGCCGCGGGGCUGGCAGGCGGAAGACACGAUGCAGUCGCAAGCCGCUACACGUGAACUUCAAGGAGCUCGGCUGGGAUGACUGGAUUAUCGCGCCGCUGGACUACGAGGCGUACCACUGCGAGGGCGUGUGUGACUUCCCGCUGCGCUCGCACCUGGAGCCCACCAACCACGCCAUCAUCCAGACGCUCAUGAACUCCAUGGACCCCGAGUCAACACCCCCCAGCUGCUGUGUGCCGUCCAAGCUGAGCCCCAUCAGCAUCCUCUACAUCGACUCGGGCAACAACGUGGUCUACAAGCAGUACGAGGACAUGGUGGUGGAGAGCUGUGGGUGCAGGUAGCAGGCAGCGCUGGCCGACAGCCCACAUGGAGAGACGGCCCCUCUCGCACUCUGACACGUGCAUGGAAAAUAGGGGGGGGGGGGAGAGGCUGGUUUGGAAGGGCAGAUGUGACGUAACACGCGACUACAGACAGGAGGCGCUCUGCUUGCGCUCACUUGAUUGUACAAGUGCAGGGAGGUGGGCGGGGGUCUGACCAAUCCCGUCCCCCCGUGUUGGUUGAUACCAAAAGCAGGAUCGGAGGUGGCGUCGCUGGGAUGAGACACUCGCGUGGACGUCUUCCUGGUUUUGUCGUUCCCUCUGUGUUUCCUGAGAGAUGGAUCAUGUUUUAAAUAUGAUUUGCACACACAGAAAAAAAACGGAUGAUCUUAACCGGUGUUUCUUGAACAUAUUCACAUCACCCGGAAAGGAUUCUGCGUACGGGCCGUAACUCCCAGGAGAAAGUCCCAAUGGCCUUCAGAGGAGCCUCAAGCUCAGAAACAUCACGUUAAAUUUGCUUUGCCGUCACAGACCUGCAGGACCGGACGAUGUUCAGCUGUAUGCAUUCAUGUCGAUUUUACCGUCUGUCCACAUUCUGUGGAAAGUCAAAUAAUCACGAUUCUCAGCUGUCAUCCAGAACUUUUACCAAUAACUAAAGUCACAUGUUUCCUGCGCAGAUGUCAGUAGGGAGACCCAUGUAAACACCUGGGACAUCAACAACUGAAUGGUAUAUAAAACAAAUUAGGGGACUAUAGAUUAGAAGCAUAUUUUUCUUUUUAUUUAAAAGCAUAGAUUGUCAGCUAAAAUGCAUCAUCGUCCAUGUAGAGUUUGUUUA